AUGUUUGCUGCUUCGCUCAUUGCACUAUCCCUCGUUACAUUCCUUCCUCUCUCGAACGCCUAUCUCAUUAACACUGAUGGUCUUAAUUGCCGCUCAGGGCCUGGAACAGGCUAUUCGGUUGUGAAGACCUACAACACGGGUGAUGAUGUCUCAAUCACCUGCCAGGCUCCUGGAGAUGACGUUAAUGGAGACUCCCUCUGGGAUGAAACUUCCGAUGGCUGCUAUGUCACUGACUACUAUGUUAGCACUGGUACUAGCGGCUACGUCACUGGUGAGUGCGGUGGUGGUGGUGGUGGUGGAAAUCUCCCGGGUCUUGACGAUACACAAUCAUCCCAUGCCCAAGCCAUUAUCGCAGAGGCUGAGAAGGAGAACCUUGGGCAUCAAGGCUGUCUUGCUGGUAUUGCAACUGCUCUCACCGAGUCGAGCAUUUUGGUUUACGCAAACGAGGCCGUCCCAGAGUCAUUGAAUUACCCGUACGAUGCAGUUGGCAGCGACCACGAUAGCAUUGGGAUUUUCCAACAGCGCGCCAUGUACUAUCCCGAUAUCAGCGCGGAUAUGGACCCUGCCGGGUCCGCGGCACAGUUCUUCGCCAAGAUGCAGGCUGUCAGUGGAUGGCAAACUAUGGAUGUUGGUGAGCUAUGCCAGACGGUUCAAGGAUCUGCUUAUCCAGACCGAUAUAACGAGAAUUUGUCUGCUGCUGAAGCGAUCUGCUCUGCUGCUAGUGAUUAAAGGGGCUUCAAUGGCCGAUGCCACCGUCUUCUCUUGUAUUUUAUAUAUUUUCCUACUUGUGACCAAUAACUCCAUAGGAAUGAAGAAAUCUGUAAAUACCAGCAAAAGCACAUAUACUAUUCCUUAUUGAAAUAAAU